AUGGGACAAGCUCAAAUGUUUCCUUGUUACUCGGAAUCGAGUAUGAGUCGGUCCGAAAUGGUCCAAAAUCGUUUGGAACGAGGAGAAGGUCUUGAACACUUUGAAAUGACUCCCGAACAAAUACAACAAUAUCAAAUUUUGUGUCUGAACAAGAACAAAUCAAUAUUCAAUACAAGCAGUAGUACGAGUGGAGCGAUGAUCAUACCAUCCUCCUCGACUUUGGGUGGUGGUGAACACGGAAAUAACCACAUUCUAACGACCACAAGUUCAACGAACCAUGGAGGAGUCAACAACAACAACACUUCCAUGUCGUCCUUGAAUAAGAAUCUCAACCAUUCUGUAUCUCCUCCAUCUACAAAUCAUGUUUUAGAUUCCACUCUCAUACAAUCAUCAUCAUCAUCAUUCAUUAGCAAUAGCGGAGGAGCGUCCUUGUCGAUAAAUAGAAAUAAUUACUUGCUAUUUCCGUCUGCCUCUUUGGUCAACUUGGCUAGCUUGACUGGUAAUGCGUCGUAUUUAUCAUUGCCUAUUCCUCAACUUUGCUCAUUUAACAAAGCUAUGGAAAUAUUAGAGAAUGCUUGGGAUGAAGAUAAUUUGACAAGUGAAGAAAAGGAUGGUAUUACAUGUUUCAAACAAACGAAACGAUCUUUUACUGGCAAUGAAAAUGUAUCAAAUGCAGAGCUACAAAAUUUGGUGUGUGCCGAUCGAUUCUUAUUGGAUGUCUUUCUUCCCAUGAAUCAAUUAAUGAAUGAAAGUGCCUCGACAAGUAGUAUCACGAUUGGAUUAGUAUUUUUGAAAGAUUUUAAUACAAUAGGAGAGGAAAGAGCAGGCAUACUCCCACUGGCACUUCAAGUUGGACCUGCAAUUCUUUCAUGGUCAGCAUCUAGGCAUGUAGUUUGUGACCUUCGAACAAAUACAGAGCGAAAGAAGCUCAAAUUAUUACCCAUUGCAAGAAUUGAGGGAACAAGAAAGGUGGCAAUGGCAUUAGCAACAAUUGCCAAAACUUGUUGUCGAUUCAAUGGAAAACAAUAUUAUGAUGAAAUAACUUGCAAUGGUCAACAUUUUAUUUCAACAGUGUUAUCCAAACUCAAUUUAGAAGGUUGUAUGCUUACUCGUACGCAUUUUCAAAAUGGAGGAUAUUUUGAGGAUUUGAAACGAGGUCAAUACAAAACAGUCUACUUUUAUUCGAAAAGUAUUAAGGAAAUUAUCAAAGAUGUAGUGGAAAUUAAUAGAGAUAAUCCAAAAUGGAGAGACGAAUGUGCUGCUACUAUUCACGUUCCUGUAGAGGAUAUUAAUUACUUUUUGGACAAUGAUGUGAUUCAUUUUACGAGUAGAUCGCUGUUAGACAAAUUUGGAAUGGCAAUUUCACAUUUUUCAAUCAUUGGAGGGUUUGCUGAAAAAUACAGCAAGGAGCGAUCGACUGAUAUUGACAAUUAUUGGGUGAGCGAAGCAGGAAGAGAGGAUUAUGACUUUCUUCAUAUUUAUGACAAAUUUUUUGACAGCCAACUCACAGAAGACCCAACCAAUCCCAAAUAUCAACCAUUUCAAAACACUUCCUUUUUCUUUUUUGACGAUGAUUCCAUGACCACUGGUAGUGGUAUGCUCAAACAAUGUCCUCUGGGUGAGUUACAAAAGAAUUACCGAAUUGCAAUUCCCUCAAGAGGUAAAAUCAAGAUGGAUGAGUAG